AUGGGGCACUCACUGACCACUCCUUUGAGCCUCACUCUAGAUCAUUGACAAGAUGUUCAAGAUCGGGCAAACAACCUGUCCGUGACAAUCAAGAAAAAGAAAUGGAAAACACUCUGCACCUCGGAAUGGCCAGCCUUCAACACUGGCUGGCCGGCAGAAGGGACUUUUAACAUUAAUCUUAUCUUACAGGUGAAAUCCCAAAUCUUUACCCAUGGUCCUCAUGGACACCCCGACCAGGUACCCUAUAUAGUUACCUGGGAAGAUCUGACCUCCAAUCCACCCCCUUGGGUGGUUCCUUUCUCUCCUCCCAAACCCCUUGAACCUUCUGCUCCCCUCAUCCCCGUUCCCCCUCCCCCUUCUCAAACCUCUCAACUUUACCCCGUUCUUAACAAAUCUGAGACCUUAAUUAAAGCAGGGGCAACACCAAAGAAGGUUCUGCCGCCAGAAGACUCAACUCUGAUUGACCUGCUGACUGACGAGCCUCCUCCUUACCAGCCCCAACCCUUACAAGCCCCUGAGCCCGAUCAACAAUCCUCAGAGGAGGAAAACAACCAGGAGGGUCCAACCGCCAGUGCUCCCCCGGAUCCAUCUCCCAUGGUGGGACGACUCCGGGGACGUCGAGACCACACCGCCUCAGGGGACACCUCUAAAGUCCUCCCCCUAUGAAAAACAGGGGGCCCCAAUGGCCAAUAUCAGUACUGGCCUUUCUCUGCCUCUGACCUCUAUAACUGGAAAACCCAUAACCCUUCCUUUACUAAGGACCCUAUAGCUCUAACUUCUUUGAUUGAAUCUAUUCUAGUAACUCACCAGCCAACAUGGGAUGAUUGCCAGCAGCUCUUACAGAUACUCCUCACUUCAGAGGAAAAACAAAAGGUUCUCUUGGAAGCUCGCAAAAAUGUGCCAGGGGACGAUGGGCGCCCCACCCAACUCCCAAAUUUGAUUAACGAAGCUUUUCCUUUAACCCGGCCAAACUGGGACUAUGCAACUGAAGCAGGUAGGAACCACCUACGUCUCUAUUGCCAGUUACUCAUAGCGGGUCUCCAUGGAGCAGGGCGACGGCCCACCAAUUUGGCUCAGGUAAGACAGACUAUCCAGGGGUCAGAGGAAACUCCAACAGCCUUCCUAGAGAGAUUAAAAGAGGCUUAUCGGAGGUUUACUCCCUUUGAUCCUGAUAGUGAGGACCAGAAAGGAAACAUCUCUAUGGCUUUUAUUUGGCAGUCCGCCCCAGACAUCAGGACUAAAUUGCAAAGAUUAGAUAAUCUACAGGAAUUUUCUCUAGCAGAUUUACUGAAGGAAGCUGAAAAGAUAUUUAACAAAAGAGAAACUCCAGAAGAACGAGAAGAUAGGAUUAGAAAGAUGCAAGAAGAACGAGACCUUAAGCUUAGGGAAGAAUCAGAUAAGAGAGAGAGGGAAAAAGACCUGAGGCAUAACAGGGAACUGAGUAAGAUAUUGGCCACUGUAGUUCAGGCAGGACAGCAGGGAGACAAGAUAAACAGGGACAGGGAACGGAGCAAACCCCGUGUAGACCGAGACUAAUGUGCCUACUGCAAGGAAAAAGGACACUGGGUAAAAGACUGCCCAAAGAGACCCCCCAACCCCAGAAGAGGUACAAAUUGGACCCCCCAACUGCUAGCCUUAGACGAAGACUAGGGGAGUCAAGGCCAGGAGCUCCCCCCUGAGCCCCGGGUAACUCUGCAAUUAGGGGGGCAACCUGUGACCUUCCUAGUGGAUACAGGAGCCCAACACUCGGUGCUGA